AUGUCCAUGUUUAGACGCUCCUUUACGGUGAAAGACGAACCGAGUAAGACGGGCCGGUGGAUUAGGAAGAGACAUGGGAAACACAGCAGACAUGACAAGUUGAAGGCGCAGAGCAGGAUGGACAGCUUGACUGAACGUCCUAUUUCAAACCCCGCAGUCACUUUCGUCGUGAGCUCGGAAAGACGUCUCUUCGUCGGCCACGAACAUGUCAUCGCCCGUUCUCCCUACUUCCGCAGUAUCCUACGAGAUCUGUCCAUGGUUGGAGCUUAUGCAAACAAGGUGGUGGAGCUGCCAGACGAAGACCCAGAAAUAUUCUCCUGUGUUCUCGAAUUUCUCUACAAAGGCGACUACUACCCCCGCCUAACACACAACGAACUCGAGAAUGCUCAUGACAGCAAGACCUUCGACCGCAUCGCAAGCAAAGCAACCAUCCUCCACACCCGAACCCGCGACGAAGUCCUCAGAGACACCGUAGUGUACUGCGCAGCAGAAAAGUACGGCCUGACAGACCUCAAACAGCUGGCACUCUGCAAGCAGGGUUUUCACGUCGGGAUUCCGAUUCCUAUUAUCUUGCGCUCUGCUCGGUACGCGUAUGAGAACACGCCGGAUUCGGAUGCGGAUUUGCGUGCUCAUUACUUGGUUAUGGUUAUAAGGGCGAGAGAGAUGUUUAAGACGAGUGGGACGAUGGAGAUGGAGAUGGAGAAGGGGCAUGCGUGGUUUUUCGAUCUGUUUGUUGCUAUGUGCAAUCAUAUCGAUGAUUUGGAGGAUGUUUGCAAGCAGCAAACCUUCAAGUCCUCUUAA